AUGGGCUUUGGCCGACGCAAGUUAAGCGUGGCAGAAGAGCUUUCUUGUGGUGAUCCUGAGGCUCGUCGAAGAAACCGCCUGUCGAAGCCUUUAACCAACAAGCUCUCCGCCACUAUAUCGACAACCAGUAUCCCAGAGACAGUGAUAUACAACAACGAUGCGAGCAGCAAAGAAGCCGUGGUGGGAGGUCCGCUAACCUCUCACCCAAGCAAUGCCGCUCUGGGAGGGCAGAUACGGAGCCCCAUCUCUGUGGAGGAUAAGUCUUCGCCAAAUCAAUCGCUAAAGAGCGACUCGACCUGGAGCGUGGCUUAUAUGGUCAAGGAGCUUGACGAGAACAAGGCCAAACCUGAACGAGUGCAAGAACCACAGCCUCUUGGUUCGCCUCGCAACCCGAGAAAAAGAAAGUCUUUCGUGUUCCGGCCUUUGUCGACAAGACGGUCCACUAGUCUGUCCCGGCUCAACAGUAUCAAACAGACCAAUCUAUCGGCCAGUGUUGUUGCCGCUGCUUCUACUCCGACGUCGUCUCUUGAUCAAACUGUGGAUUCACACGCCGUUCCUCCCACUCGCCGAGCCUCUUUCACUCCAGGCACGGCCACGAGGAAGCCAUCUAUCACCUUGCCCAAGGACGAAAUUCUGCAGGAGCACCCAGCUGAAGACCCAGAGGAAAGCAAUCUGGUCGAGUCCGACGACUCUGACUGGCGGCCUCCUCCGCCGAGAAUGGGAGGACGAGCUGGGACACCGGCAGACCUGGACUACUCACAACUGGGUGUUCUUAGACUUGGUUCACUGCAGAUCGUCAACGGACGGGCGUCGCCUGCCUUUAGCGAGAUGUCCAAGGCCUCCAAACAGAUCCUGGCAGUACCCCAACUGCAUCGGGACGUUUCGAGCGACUAUGGCGAAGAAGACGAGGACUUCCACGAUCUGAUUAUCCCUUCGCGACGAUUGUCCUCGCGCACUCCGCCCACCGAGGACUCUGACCGACGUCUCUUCAGUUGGGAUUAUAACGAUGAGGAGUCUUUGGGGGCCCUUUACCUUCAAAACGCCAUGUCCGUGUCCGCCUUCGGCGAAAUCGACAGUGGGGAUGAUCAGACCUCGUUGAUGGCCAGGGAGUACAUGGCCGAGCUACCAGCCAGUCCAUUCUCGAAACCAAAGCCAAGUUCCUCUUCCCAAUCUUUGAGAAGAAGCACGUCGGAAGGAUCAUUGCGGGAGUCAUCGUCAUUUUCAUCAUUGCAAAAGUCUCCGUUGCUUGACCGGUAUCCAGGCAGCAGCUCCCCUGUACCUGCGUCGCAACAAUGUCCCUCCCCCACAGGAUCUGUCGUAUGUAGGCCGAGGAAGGAAGAAGCCGGCCUACAAAGCCAACAGAUGUUUCCCGUGAAUUUUGUUGACGAUGAAAAUCAACCUAGCGAAACAAUGGGGUGGCACUCUCGUGUUCAGCCAAGCUCCCCUCGAGGGGGCGCAUUCCGACGAACCCUUGACUUUCAAACCCAACCGUAUCAGGCGUCCCCAGCCCCUUCAACCUAUCUCCAGCCUCCUCAUUCGUUUGAGAAAUCCGACAGUGGUUACAGUUCGACCAACUCAUUGAGCUCUCUCCAAAUGGCAAAGUGUCCACCGGCCACAGACGGUCAAUUCUUGCGUGAUGCCUCUGCGGCACAGUCGAACGCCAUACCGCAACCAUCAGGAAGCAGAUAUUCCAUGCUCGGGACCACGGCAUCUACCUUGAAGCCAAACAGCACGGAGCCGACUUUGGCCCAGUUUUCCAACCUCCGUCCUGCUGCAGUAUCCGCAAAUUCGGCACCAGCCGUCCCUACCCCGGACUCUACAGCUGUCAAGCAAGUCAAACCGCGGAAGAAGUUGCAGAAGAAGCGACGGCAGAGUCAACCUCCGAAGGAGCUUCGCAUUUCACGCACGCAUUCCUUCGAGGGAGACUCUAUCCCACGCAUUCCCAGUGACGCGGAAGAAAACCUUCGCAUACGCUCACAGGAACUGCCUGAGCUCGAGAGAACGUAUCUCUCCUUGAACGGGACCAGCGAUCAUGCCGGUAUGUCGAGCAUAGAAUUUCCCACAGCCGAGCUUCGGUUUCCCUCGCCAGCGCCGGAGCAAUCUAGCCGAGGGAGGCGGUCGCGAUCACUGAGUCGACCGCGCUCAUGGGUUUCUCGAUCCAAAGAAGACAAGAUGGAUUCCAGACGGAAUUCUGGAGUUAGCCCUGCCGAAACCAUGGCCCUGGUCCAUGAGUAUGGGGCUGCCUAUUCGAUGGGAGGCGGACCUUACGAUCUUGCACACGAGAACAUCGCAUAUGGGCAAUCUACGAACCGUCACGACGUCCCGAUCGUCGCUCCCCGAACGCGGCCAAUGAUGGACGACAAGACCGCUGUGGAAUUUGCCAGACGCCGCAGUCGGUCUAUCCAAGAGCGCGACAAUAUGUUAGCAGAUCGAAAGUCGGGGUUCAAUGAUAGGGGAGGGAUUCCCGGAAAGAACUUAAGACCGGCAAGUUUCGCUGCCGAUGCACCUCCGAUCACUCCUGAAAUGCUACAGAAGGCUUAUAGAACUUCAUCGGAGCACAGGCAGGCCUCGUUUGGGAAUGGAUUUGCACCACCACCGCCACCACACUCGCCACGACCAGCUUAUGUGGAAUACGAAGAGGACUAUACAGACCCGUCAAUCGCUCCUCCUCCUCCUCCUCCUCCUCCUCCUCCCCCUCCUCCGCCGUCCCAUUCACCAAGGCCUGUCGACCUGACUCCCGAUUCAUGGGCAGCCCAGUCUGCAGCCUGGCGAGCUCGCCGAGAAUGUGCUGGGCGUAAUAGCCCAUAUCGGCCCCCUAUGGAUUAUGACGACUAUCAUGCCACUGUCGCAGAUGAACCUUUGUAUCCGGACAUCCCUCCUCGAGGCGGACGGCAGGAUUUCCCGGUGCAUCAGUCGUCUCAGGAUUAUUACUACUUCUCUGAACAACAAUACCACGACGGAGAUUAUGAUCAUCCGCAGUAUGAACAACAAGGCUUUUCGACUUAUGAGGACCCCUACCGAUACCCAGACCACCGCGAGUCUGGGUACAGGCGACAUUCACGACAAAAUUCCGUCUUGCAGGAAAUUCAGCAACCUCGAGGGCCGGCUGUUCAGUCCCGCGGCCCGCCUCAACAUCGGCCUUUGCCGUCUCCGAGGACGUCAGGCAUGGCCAGUCCUGGUCCUCGUCCUCAUUCACAGGCGACUAGCAUCCGCAGUUUUGCGUCCUCUCUAGCCGAGGAGCUUCAUCCCAGCGACCUGGAGAGACCAUGUCCACCGCCGGACUUCGGGCGCUAUUCAGGCGGGAUGGGUUGGGGGUAUGAACGGGAAAACGGGUUUGGAGGUUCGGCUGGCACAAGGUCUGUCAGUGGGAAAGCCCAAGCAAGUAGGAAAGGGGUUGCAUUGAGAGCCAGUUUCGGAGUCGACUUGAGCGACGUGCCUGUCAUGAUGGCGGUGGUCAGGGCGUGA